AUGAUGAUGUCUGCACCUUCAACUCAAGCGACACCUACAUCUAGUCCCACUGGUUCAGCCGGAGGGUUCAGCACAUUUGGUGGCGAAGGAGGCAAUAAUAUCAAUAGUUGUAGAAGCAGACAUUAUUAUGUAUAUCGACUGGCAUUACGACAAACUGCACCUUCUUCCUCAUCUGAGUUCAACAUGGACAAGACAGGUUCAAACCGAAUACCAAACAAUAAUGGGCAGCUGCCUCGAGAAUCCAGAUUUUUCAACAACAAAGGAUUACCCAAUCCUAGGCAAAUGACAACCAGGGAUGACAAUGAACAAGGACAUUUUUCUACCGGUGAUGAUACUUUUUUAUCCCAAUACAUCAAAUCAUUGGAAAUUCAGACAACUUUGAAUGAUCAUCAACUAUAUUUCAAAGCUCUUGAAAAGCAACGAAAAGUCAAAUCACUUGAAAUUUAUCAAAAGUACCUAAAUUUAAAUAAGAAGAUUGAUCAUGAAAAGAAUUACAAACACUACUUGAGUAAAAUUAGUCCUAGGCUACAACGCAGAGAUAUUCCUCCAUCGGAACCUACAAAUAAAGACACCACAGCCAAUAAGGAACAACCAGAUAAAACAGCAGUAUUGGAUUUACAGAAGAAGAAACUACCUGCUACUCAUAUAACCCAUCAACUACCUUUGGAAUUCAUGGAUUGUCCUAUUGACUUUCUAAUAGAUUUAAUAUCACGAAUGUUGCAAUCUUUGAUCACAUUGAAUGAUAAAUCAGUGCCUAGCUCCAUCUCAGAUCCACCAUCUUCAUCCUCAUCAACAAGUAAUGCUCAAUCCUCCAAUAGUCUACUAACACGAUAUCACUCACGUACACCACCAGCAAUAUCCACCCUAACGUAUCUUUCUCGUCUUACCAAAUUCAACAAUUUCAAUCCAGCAAUAUUGUUAACAACUAUUUAUUACAUUGAUUUAUUAUCUCAUCAAUAUCAACCAUUCUUUACAUUAAAUUCAUGGACGGUUCAUCGUUUUUUGCUAGUGGCAACAAUGAUUGCUCAAAAAUCAUUGGAAGAUUUCUUUUACACUAAUGACCAUUAUGCUAAAGUUGGAGGUGUUGCUCUCGGUGAAUUGAAUUGUUUAGAAUUGGAUUUUUUAAGUCGAGUUGAUUGGAGAUGUAUUCCGGGAAAACAAGUGGUUAACAAAGUCACUGGAUCGAUUGUUACUAACAUUGGCCAAGCUAAAGAUGUAUUGAAUUUAUAUUAUUUUCAAUUGAUUGAUUUGAUGGGGAAAAAUACUCAUUAUAAUAACAGCAACCAAGGUGAUGAACAACAACCAGCAGUAAUUUAUGUUAAACAAGGAAGUAAUGGUGGUGAUAGCGUAGGAAGAGGCAGUGUACUAAAGGAUGAUGAAAGUUCAGCUGCUGGUGAAGCUUUGGAUGAGUACAUUCUGGAAGAUUCAGAAGAAUAUGAUGAAGAGGUGGAGGAGGAGGAAGAAGAUGAUGAAGAUGAUGAUGAUGGGGCGGACGACGACGACGACGACGACGAAGAAGACGAAGAAGACGAAGAAGACGAAGAAGAUGAAGGCGAUUUCUACGAUGAUGAUGGGGAUGACGAUGGAGAGGGAGAAGCUACAAGUGAUCGCACUGAGAAUAGCAAUUAUAAGCUACAUCCCGAUCUGACACAAGUUUACGAUGAGAAUGGUUUCGUUAUAAAUGGAUCUUCAUCACCACACUUGAAACGAAGAUACAGUGGAAAUUGA